AACGUCAAACACGAUUCGCACGAUUAUCCGAGCGAACAAAAACCGUCUUUGACGAAUUUACAUUGCAUUGGGUGUUGAGUCGAGUUAAUGUCUUAUUUUACAUUUUUUUAUUGUGUAAAGUAAAUCAUUAAGCGCGGAGUUUUUAUAGUGUGUAAGAAAUAAGUUAGCCGCUUAAAUGCCUUGAUAGAACGGUAUUUAAAAAUGAACAAAAUGUCGAAGAAUAAAUUAAAUCUGACCCUCCCACCGGGGUCUAUAGACACAGCUCCUGCUAUAACACCAUCUAAUAUGACCCCACAACUUAAAUCCGCAACUGCUUCGGAGCGGCAGGGAUUAGCAGGAAAGUCGAAAACAAGCAUUGAAGCCUUGACUGAGAGGUUAGAGCAAAUUGAAAUGGACGACACACAACGACGCAGGAUAGAGGUAUUUCUUUGUCAGAAAGAGAAGAUUGGAGAACUGAGCGAUGAUGACUUUGAAAAAUUAGGAGAAUUAGGUCAAGGAAAUGGUGGGGUUGUAAUGAAAGUUCGUCACAAGUCCACUGGUCUCAUUAUGGCAAGAAAACUAAUACAUUUGGAAGUAAAACCAGCAAUAAAGAAACAGAUAAUCAGAGAACUAAAGGUGCUUCAUGAGUGUAAUUUUGCUCAUAUAGUGGGAUUCUAUGGGGCUUUUUAUAGUGAUGGAGAAAUAUCAAUCUGUAUGGAGUACAUGGACGGAGGAUCACUGGAUUUGAUAUUGAAAAAAGCUGGAAGAAUUCCUGAGUCAAUUUUAGGAACAAUAACAUCUGCUGUCCUUAAAGGGUUGAGCUAUUUGCGCGACAAGCAUGCCAUCAUGCAUCGUGAUGUGAAACCGUCCAACAUACUCGUGAAUAGUAAUGGAGAAAUAAAGAUUUGCGAUUUUGGUGUCUCCGGACAGCUCAUCGACUCAAUGGCCAAUUCGUUUGUUGGCACUAGGAGUUAUAUGUCGCCUGAACGUCUCCAAGGUACUCACUACUCGGUGCAGUCAGACAUCUGGUCGCUCGGACUGUCUUUAGUGGAGAUGGCGAUCGGCAUGUACCCAAUACCACCUCCAGACUCAAAGACCCUGGCUGCCAUGUUCGGUGGACAGAAUGAAGACCAUUCGCCUGGUCAAGCUCCAAAUUCACCACGCCCAAUGGCAAUAUUCGAACUACUCGACUAUAUAGUCAACGAACCGCCUCCCGAAUUGCCUCCCGGCCUCUUCUCUGAUGUGUUCAAAGAUUUCGUGGACCGCUGCCUUAAGAAGAACCCGGAUGAAAGAGCCGAUCUUAAGACACUUAUGAACCACGAGUGGAUCCGCCAGGCAGACGCGGAGAAGGCUGACAUAGCAGGCUGGGUGUGCAAGACCAUGGACCUCAUGCCCUCAACGCCCAACUCCAAUGUGUCUCCUUUUUCUUCAUAAGCUGCAAGAAGUGCAUACUUUCAUCAGCGAAAAAGGGUCAAAACAUUUCCCAAGACAGAGCAGGCGAGACAAUCAGUGAGGACGCUGGCGCAGAGGAAUAGCGCGAGACCACGUGACCGGAACAGUAUGUCAACUCUAGCCAUUACCCACCUUACCCGACAACGUAGAGACGUGACUACACCGAAUCGAGAUGAUUUCUUAUAUGUCUUAUGUUUUCCAUUCGUAUGACUUCGACUUUGGUAGGGUUAUCUCGAAGAUUUCGUGGCAACUCUUCCAAAGAUCGACGUUUUCUGUUUAUGUAUGAUGAAAAUUUUGUGUGAAAAUUGAAUAUGUGUUUACAAAUCGUGUCAUUUUGUUCCGAAUGACCAUUCGUUGUAUGUAUUAUGACUAUAUAAGUUAUGUAUAGUUUUGAUGAAGUAGCCGUAUAUACUUUUGUUCGCGUCUCUAUUAUCGUGAUUCCUAUAGAAAAUCAAUAAUUACCCAUUGGAAAAAUUGCGAUUAAACUUUAAAAGUGAAAAUACAGUUUUAGCUGUUGGCUAAUUAAGGUGUUUUGUAGUUAUACAGAGAUUACACAGGGCUCGAUUUGUAAUCUAAAGGCACAUUGACGCAUUUCGACGUUUCCGUAUCAUAUACGAGCUAUAUGAUAUCACGAAACAUCGUUACGAUGUGUGUGACAGUGUCUGAGAUAGGUCUGACAAAACAUAGUGCAUUCGGGGAUGAACUAAUCGAGGGGUUUUGAAAAGUACUAAUCGAUUAAUGGUCAAGUAGAGUUGAUUUCACUAGUCGCAAGUCGAAAAAAAAUGUUAGUAGUGUUUUGACAUAUUUUUCUUUGCUGAAAGUGCGUAAUUCAUGUCAGCUGAUACUUGUUAUUUAAAUAGUAUAAAGAUGCCAUCCGCAUCAGAGCGUUGGAAUACUCAAAUGGCUGCGUUCACGCCCAGGCAUGGGAGCGUUCCAAGGUUCGACAAAAAAAAAUAUAUCAUCUAGUAACCUGUAAAAUAGAAAACAUUUUUAGAAUACACGAAAAAAAAAAAUAAUAAAAAACAAAAAAUAAAAUUUGUAGAUAUCGGUUUUUAUUCUAUAUUUGACGUGAUGCACUUAUCCGUUUGGUUUGUUUUUGUUAUUCGCUUUGUUUUAGUGAACCCGCCUUUUACCUUACAGCACUUAGAUUAGGCAUACGCUACAGCAUAGAUGGCGCUGAACGGAAUUUAUAGGAAUACGUUCUUCAUAAUCCUAUCUAUUUUGUGAAAUCUUAGCGCUUCCAUACCAUUGUCGUGGUUUAUGAUAUUGAUAAUGCACCUUAUCCCCGCACGUUUAGGACGUUUUUCGCUUGGUGGUCGCUAUUUUUUGCCCGGUCUUCCUGUUUAGAGCAUUUGUAGUUUUCUUGUGAUAAUUUACGUAUAUGCAUGCUAGUUUGUGAAGUGUUUUGGCUUUUCACUAAGCAUUUAAUUAUUUUGACGCUACAACUGAUAAUUUGUAAGUUUUAAGUAAUUAGUUUUAUUUUAUUGACUAUGUAUGAGGUAUGAUUUACGUUUAUUAUAUAAUAUUUGGGGAAAUAUUUAUUGAUCAUUUUGGUUACCAUCGUUCAAUACAUUUUUAUAUAUAUGUAUAUAUAUCAGCUCGAUCAUUUUUCAUUAUUGGAAGUUUUCUAUCAAUAUUAUAUAUUAUUAAAUAAUUUCUUUUAAUCAAUAAUGUGUUGAAAACUCUUAGAAAGUUUUAAUGAUUUUAUUAUUAUUAAUAAUUACACAAGUUGUGUAUGAACUUAAUGUAUAUUAUGAUCACAAAAAAUGAAUGUAUAAUUUUAACAUUUUUGGCCUUUGUUUUUUCAGCCUUGAACUUUGUUAUAUUUUUAAUUAAUAAAGGUACCUAUAAGUACUAUAAAAUCGCUUUUGUAUCGCAUUUAUAAACAUUAUAAGCGAAAUAGUAAAUGUUUCGAUAAUAGUCAGAAAUAAUGUUAAUUAUUUAAUAAAGGGUUCUUAUGGUAAUGAAUUUUCUAGAAAAUUCUAUUUGAAUGUGAUGUAACGUAUGUUAUCGAAAUUGUAACUUAUAUUUUCAUAAAUAUUUAGGUAAAUAUUCAGAAGACUUUAAAUACCAAUUUUUAAUAGAUGAUUUAAAUAAUUGAUAUUGUUUUAGGAGUGUAUAGUUUUUUUUUAUAAGUAGAAAUUUCGUUUUGGAUAUAAAUUUAUGUCGUUGUUUAUGCGAGCCGUGGAUUAUUUUGAUAUUUUCAUGUAAAAUAUAUAUAUGUAUAUAUAUAUUUGACACGGUGUUAGGCUUAAAUAAUAUUUAAAGUGUAUAUUAUGCUAUUCAUAGACACCAAAGUUAUAAAAGACGAGAUACAAAUUCACUUGACUGCUUUGAAAAGAAUUCGCAUAAAAGUUAUUACUGAUUUUCCUAAAUGACGUAACUAGGUAUAUAGUUUUAAAUGAAAUGUUAAUUUGACAUUUGUUAUAUUUUGUACACAUUGAUUCGUACUAUACUUGCUCCAUUAAAGUAAGAAAAAAACGUUAUCAAUUAUUGAACCUAUCUCUGAUACUAAAAUGAUUCUACUUGUCUACUAGACUACUUGUCUUAAGUCUUAAAAACAGUUCUUACCUUUACUCUAUAUGAAAAUAGAAUGUUUACUAAUAUUACGGUUAUUUUCUUGACAAUGCUUGGCAAAUAUUACAUUCUGUAAUGGAAACAAGCAUGUUGUCAGUUUUUUGAAUUCCAGCCAAUUAAUUUUAAUAUCAAACACCAACGAUUCUUAAAAUAUUUUAAAAAUAGAACAUAUUUUAUUUUUAUUUAUAUAGUCAAUUUACAACUUAUUCAUGUAAUGUAUAUUUAAUCUUUUAUUAUUUUGAUCACGAUCAUGGCCUAGCUUAUGCUAUACAACAAAAUACUAUUAUAAAUAAUUGUACUGCGAAAUGUUCUAAUUUUUCUAUUAAAAUUGUAUAAGAUCAUCAGAACUAUCUUAUAUCAUUGGUCGUCGAUUCUUGUUAAAUUUAUGAAGACGUUUUAAAAUUUGAUCUUUAUAUUCGAAAUUUGAACUGUAUUAUUUUUAAUUAGCUUCUUUAUUAGGUUAGUUCUGUAUAAAUAAAUGUUAAUCGAAAAGAAAAAAA